CUAUCCUGAGACGCUAUGCCGUUCCACCUCAGCGCCGCCACUGCCAGCCGACGCAGAGAGGAUUCACUGUCACCGGUUGACGUGAGGAGGCCACGCCGCUCGACCCAGCGUCCUCGCCGCCGUCCGACGUCGGGAGGCCACGCCGCCGCCAUUGUUGUCCAACGUUGUUGCUGGAUGGAUGAAAAGUUUUUGGGUGGGGAAGGCCUAAACAAGGCCCUGGGCAUGAUGCCGGCCGGGCCAGGCCGUGUCAGUCCACGCACGAUGCCAACCAGGCCGUGCCGGGCUGUUCCUCCCAGAACAAAGGGCGUAGUGCCAGCGGAGGCACGAGCAAGCUUUUCCUCGUUCCAUCUCUGGUCUCUCACCGCACCGCCGCCCCCCGCCUCCAGACGCGUCCCUCCGGCGGAGAAUCGGUCCCGAGCUCGCUUCGUUCGGAUCUUCUGUGUAGCCAGCAAGGAGGCCUCUCCAUCUCCUCCGGAGCAGCAAGGCUGUGCAGGAAUGGAGAAGUAUAACAGCAACACUCAGUUUGCACCCCUGAGAGAGACUCCAUUUGCCCUCCGUGGUGUUCUUGGUAGUUCAAGCUCAUAUCCUGAGCAAGCCAGGGGCUACACAUCUUCUCCUCUAGCUGCUCUGCCACCAAAGAUGUCUACUCCUGGAAAUCGGCUCCUGCACACGAGCCGCCCCCUAUCAUCUCCUGUAGCAAACCGCCCACUGUCGCCUCAUCUUCCUCUGAAGAAGCCACAGUUCAGCGCUACUUUCUCUAUCUCGCACCGUAUCUUCGGAGUCGCGUUGGGAGUUGCCAUCAUAUCCGUCCCCCUCGCCACCAAGUUCAGCCUGAUGUUUGGUGUUUGAGAGUGAUUUUGCUGCAUCUUAUGAGAAACAGCAUUUCCCAUUUCACAUCGUCUGGGUUACCUUGCAACACAACUGUAGGUGCUGUUGGAAUAACAUCUUUGUCAUGCUGGCAGACUUCUGUAAUAAUGACUAAAACUAUACAAAUAUCAGUUUAAGGAGAUUUGCCCCAUUAUGGAUGUACAUUUCCCAUUUCACAUCGUCUGGGUUACCUUGCAACCCAACUGUAGGUGCUGUUGGAAUAACAUCUUUGUCAUGCUGGCAGACUUCUGUAAUAAUGACUAAAACUAUACAGAUAUCAGUUUAAGGAGAUUUGCCGCAUUAUGGAUGUACCCCAUUUCACAUCGUCUGGGUUACCUUGCAACCCAACUGUAGGUGCUGUUGGAAUAACAUCUUUGUCAUGCUGGCAGACUUCUGUAAUAAUGACAAACUAUACAGAUAUCAGUUUAAGGAGAUUUGCCGCAUUAUGGAUGUACCCCAUUUCACAUCGUCUGGGUUACCUUGCAACACAACUGUAGGUGCUGUUGGAAUAACAUCUUUGUCAUGCUGGCAGACUUCUGUAAUAAUGACUAAAACUAUACAGAUAUCAGUUUAAGGAGAUUUGCCGCAUUAUGGAUGUACCCCAUUUCACAUCGUCUGGGUUACCUUGCAACACAACUGUAGGUGCUGUUGGAAUAACAUCUUUGUCAUGCUGUCAGACUUCUGUAAUAAUGACUAAAACUAUACAAAUAUCAGUUUAAGGA